AUGUCGAGCAUUCUACGCAAACCUAAUUUGCAGGACCAGGACUCUUGCUUAUCGUGCACGAUCUCUUGGCUCUGUAGCUUUAUUCGACGUCUUCGCACAAUCGUGGAUUCUGGUGACCAACCAUCGCGUUCCGUUCAGUGUUGCUUCUCAUUCAUCCAAUAUCGAAACAUGGCUGCCGAAUUCUCUUUGGCCGAGACGCCAAUCGGCAAAUACUUCGCAUCCAUGGCGGAGAUGGGCGUAUUGCGCGUCUUCGUUGAGCACGGCAUCUUCGACGCCAUUCCAGAAGAGGGUAUCUCUCUCAAAGACCUUACGGAAAAGCUGAGCAUAGAGUACAAACUUCUGGAUCGCUUCACGGCCUUCUUUCUCGCUAUUGGUAUGCUGACUGGCCCGGAACCUGGCCGUGUGGCGCAUACACCAGCGUCAAAAGCAUUCACUGACCCCCGCGUCGCGCAAUUCUAUUCGUACCUCUUCGACUUCUUUAUGGGGCCAACGACGCGGUGGACAGACUACUUCGAGGCGAACGGGCUCGCUGAGCCGGCUAGAUCGAAUCGUUCGCCGGGAGGAUUUGCGCUGGGCAUGCCCGAUAAGACAGCGUAUGAAAUCAUGGCGGCGAUCCCGGGGUUGGCCACAAGGAUGAAUGGGGCGAUGGCCAUUGACGGUGAUAUUCCUGUUACGGGGGUUUAUGAUUUUGGCUGGGUAGCUGCAUUUGCCGCGGGAAACGUCGGUUCGGAGAGGGAGCUGAUCGUUGAUGUUGCCGGAGGGAAAGGUCAGGCGUUGAAGGCUAUCUUGGAGGAGACGCCCGCCAUUCCUGCCGCCAGGUGUGUCCUGCAAGAUCAGCCGCAUGUCAUCGCUGAAGCGGAGGAAGAGCACAAAGAUUCUGCUGUUCUGGGCCCGGUGAAGAAGAUUGGGCACAGCAUCUUUGGGGAACAGCCCACCAAAGGUACGGAAUUAGAGUUCUAUCCUCCCGGGAUACACGAUACUUGUGCCAGGACACAAGCUGACGGACCACUCUAG